GGUCCGGUGACGCGCGCCCAUCCUUCCCCCAAGUGCCACGUGCUCCCUGAAGGGCGGUGCUGGGGGCCGAGCCGACAAGAUGUUCUGGCUGCCUCUUCCGGCAGCGGGACUAUUUGCCAUCCGACGUCUUGGAGUGAAACGUUUCUGGAGUCGAGGUUUCGUCGCCGCGGACAUGACGAAGGGCCUUGUUUUAGGAAUCUAUACCAGAGAAAAAGAAGAUGACAUGCCACAGUUUACAAGUGCAGGAGAGAAUUUUGAUAAAUUGGUGUCUGGAAAGCUGAGAGAAAUUUUGAACAUAUCUGGACCACCCCUGAAGGCAGGCAAAACCCGAACCUUUUACGGUCUGCAUGAGGACUUCCCCAGUGUGGUGGUGGUUGGCCUCGGCAAAAAGGGGGCUGGAGUGGAUGACCAGGAAAACUGGCACGAAGGCAAAGAAAACAUCAGAGUGGCCGUUGCAGCGGGGUGCAGGCAGGUUCAAGACCUGGAGAUCUCUUGCGUGGAGGUGGAUCCCUGUGGAGAUGCCCAGGCGGCUGCGGAAGGGGCAGUGCUCGGGCUCUACGAGUACGACAGCCUGAAGCAGAAGAAGAAGGUGGUCGUGUCGGCGAAGCUGUAUGGAAGCGGGGACCAGGAGGCCUGGCAGAGAGGGGUCCUCUUUGCUUCCGGGCAGAACUUGGCACGCCAGCUGAUGGAGACUCCUGCCAACGAGAUGACGCCAACCAAAUUUGCCGAAGUUAUUGAGAAGAAUCUCAAAAGUGCUAGCAGUAAGACAGAAGUCCACAUCAGACCCAAGUCUUGGAUUGAGGAACAGGAGAUGGGGUCGUUCCUCAGUGUGGCCAAAGGGUCCGAUGAGCCCCCAGUCUUCCUGGAGAUCCACUACAGAGGCAGCCCCAAUGCAAGUGACGCGCCCCUGGUGUUUGUCGGGAAGGGAAUCACCUUUGACAGUGGUGGCAUCUCCAUCAAGCCAUCUGCGAACAUGGACCUCAUGCGGGCUGACAUGGGAGGAGCCGCCACCAUCUGCUCGGCCAUCGUGUCUGCUGCCAAGCUCGGUCUGCCCCUUAACAUCGUCGGGUUGGCCCCUCUUUGUGAAAAUAUGCCCAGCGGUAAAGCCAACAAGCCUGGGGAUGUCGUCAGAGCCAAGAAUGGGAAGACCAUACAGGUCGAUAACACGGAUGCAGAGGGCAGACUCAUCCUGGCCGACGCACUCUUCUACGCGCACACCUUUAACCCCAAGCUCAUCAUUGAUGCUGCCACCCUAACAGGUGCCAUGGACGUAGCUCUGGGGUCCGGUGCCACCGGGGUCUUUACCAACUCGUCCUGGCUGUGGAACAGACUGUCCGAGGCCAGUGUUGACACAGGGGACCGCGUCUGGAGGAUGCCUCUCUUUGAACAUUACACGAGACAGGUGGUAGACUGCCAGCUUGCUGAUGUUAACAACAUCGGGAAAUACAGGUCCGCGGGUGCGUGCACAGCCGCAGCGUUCCUGAGAGAGUUCGUGACCCAUCCGAAGUGGGCGCAUUUAGACAUAGCGGGCGUGAUGACCAACAAAGACGAGGUUUCGUGUCUGCGCAAAGGCAUGAGCGGGAGGCCCACAAGGACUCUGAUCGAGUUCUUGGUUCGGCUCAGUCAAGACAGUGCGUAGUUCAGGUACUCGAAAGUUUCUUCACCUUGUCUUAAAUAGGUGGUUGAGCUUCAAAAUAUUCUGCAAGGGAUGCAAAUCUUUUAAGGGAAACAAAGGAUGGUAUUUAAAAUAUAGAACAAAGUGAAACUUGUAUGCCUUCAUUUGUGUCUUCAUUUUUACGUGAUUUUAAAAUACAAAGCUAGUGUAUCGCUUGGCAAAGAUUUUUAAGAUAUCCUGUAUAUGGAUUGCCUUUUUUAAAACUACCUAAUCACUUUUCAGAGUAUGUUUUUAAUUGAGUAGAAAAAUUGUAUUUCAGAUUUGUGAUCCCAGGAACCAUGAACACAUUGAAAGUUGUUGAGCAGUUGUCAGAAACAAUAAAUCCAGCUUUUUGUGC